AUGCCCUCUCGCAAUAACAUUUCUAUGACUUCUGCUUUGCUACCAUAUGUCAAUGAUGGAAUUUCAUCUUUAACUAACUCGGAUCCUGUCAGUGAGUCACAAGAAGCGACGACUGCAGAAUCAACCCCCCCGGCGGCCACAUCUUUAACUACUCCUGCGGAAAACGACUACUGCAAAGAUGGUGGACAAGGUAUGGUCAACCAUAAAAGUCACCAAACUCAGAACAAUGACUCGCCAAAAGAUAUGAAAACUACAUACAAUAUCAUUCCGACCAUCAACAAAAUUUCCCGUAAGGCUGCUCGUGCGCCACAAGCGAUACAAACCCCUGCGCUGCCAUCUGGCCUAGUUCAAGUUCAACAAAAACCACCUGCCGAAACAAAGGUUGUUGUUAAGAAAGAAACCAAUCACACACCCCCAAUCAACUUUGAGAAUUGGGGGCCAGUAUACAAACCCUCUGAAAAGUACGAAUUAACCACAUCAUAUGUUGGGUUUGAGGCUGUUGGUACCGAUCUUGUGGGACAUCUGAGAGAGUUCAACAACUGGAUAUUCCGGAAAAUAGAAUUUCACGCCAGUACUGUAGAAAAUACAAUGAUUGGUAAACAUCAUAGAAGAUGGCCCGAUAACUCUAUUAGCGUAGCACGGGAAGAGGCCAUGGAAUUAGCCCAGGCUAAUGUGUACGUGGCAAUGAUGUUGGAGCAAUUUCAACAUGCUUUACGUGACUGCAAAACGGCAAAGGCAAUUUCAAUGAAAUCUCGUAAUUUUCAAACUGAGAGUCAAUUACUCAAGGUCUCACCGACUUACAUAUUGCAGCCAAUUGGUGCUUUGAGUGCCAAAGAAAGUUCGUGGGUGGUAUGUCAAGCUCCAUGGGACUCCUCGCAUGUCAGCUAUGUUCAUCAAUACAAGUUUAGAUCAAAUGAUUCUCAACACAAACGUUGGAAGAAUUUAGUGCACGUGUUUCUUCAUUUCAUCAAUCAUCGCAGUGGUGGUAAAACAUUGGUAGUUAAGUUGGACUGCAAUCGCAACGGUCAUAUUAGUGGCUUACAUUGUUUUGAUAAAGACAACUCACAACAUUUAGUUGAAGAUUCAGACGAGAUUCAAAGGGCAUUCAAACAUUUUGUGGAAGACCAUCAGUGCAAUCAAGUGUGUGUUAUGCUGAAAAUGGCGCCCAUCAUUUCCACUCAUGCGAAAUCAGCAGACCUGGUUUGA